UUUCCAAUUUCAUAGGCCAAGAAAAUUGAUGCCUCUUGCUGAGCCGCACUCUACUUGUAUUUAUACAAAUGGCAAGUGACGGUACAGAUCCAUUGUAAGAUCCUCGUGUCACUUAACACUACCAUAAUCUUCGUCUUCUUCUUCGACACUUGCCAAGCUCUCGAGAAUGGGAAGUUCGUAUGGAGAAUACACGUAUGAAAACCUUGAGAGGGAACCCUACUGGCCUACGGAGAAGCUCAGGAUUUCCAUUACUGGGGCUGGUGGAUUCAUUGCCUCUCACAUUGCCCGGAGAUUGAAGAGUGAGGGACAUUAUAUUAUUGCUUCUGACUGGAAGAAGAAUGAGCAUAUGACGGAGGAUAUGUUCUGUCACGAGUUCCAUCUUGCUGAUCUGAGGGUGAUGGAUCACUGUCUCAAGGUGACCACUGGAGUUGAUCAUGUCUUCAACCUUGCUGCAGAUAUGGGAGGCAUGGGCUUUAUUCAGUCAAAUCACUCCGUCAUUAUGUAUAACAACACCAUGAUCAGUUUCAACAUGCUUGAGGCUGCCAGGAUCAACGGAGUUAAGAGGUUUUUUUAUGCCUCAAGUGCUUGCAUUUACCCUGAAUUUAAACAGCUAGAUACUAAUGUGAGCUUGAAGGAGUCCGAUGCUUGGCCUGCUGAGCCUCAAGAUGCUUAUGGCUUGGAAAAGCUAGCGACAGAGGAGUUAUGCAAGCAUUACACCAAGGACUUUGGAAUUGAGUGUAGGAUUGGAAGAUUCCAUAACAUAUAUGGACCUUUUGGAACAUGGAAAGGUGGGAGGGAGAAGGCUCCUGCUGCUUUUUGUAGGAAGGCCAUAACUUCUACCGAAAAAUUUGAGAUGUGGGGGGAUGGGAAGCAAACUCGUUCUUUCACAUUUAUUGAUGAAUGUGUAGAGGGUGUUUUGAGAUUGACAAAGUCAGACUUCCGUGAGCCAGUGAAUAUUGGAAGUGAUGAGAUGGUUAGCAUGAAUGAGAUGGCUGAGAUUGUCCUGAGCUUUGAGAAUAAGCAGCUCCCCAUUGAGCACAUUCCUGGUCCAGAAGGCGUUCGUGGUCGAAACUCAGAUAACACCUUAAUAAAGGAGAAGCUCGGUUGGGCUCCUAGUAUGAAACUGAAGGAUGGGCUGAGGAUCACAUACUUUUGGAUCAAGGAACAGAUUGAAAAAGAGAAGGCUCAAGGCAUUGAUUUGUCAAUUUAUGGGUCAUCAAAAGUUGUGGGAACUCAAGCACCAGUCCAGCUGGGUUCCCUUCGUGCUGCCGAUGGCAAAGAAUGAAGCUCAGAUUUUAGUUUAUUACCAUUGAAAGCCAAGUUUUAUUGUCAAUGCAGCCAUGUAUUUAUGAUAUGGAAAUUUUAUCAUAACAUCCAUUAGAAGAACGUGUAAGAUGGCCCCUACCUUAAUUACACCUCCUGUUAUGUAAGCUUUGUGUGGUUCUAGUUUCUCUGGAUAAACCUGGCUACAAUUAUUCUACAAAGAAGCAUCGUAAUUGAUCGAUAUCCAUCUAUCAUAAUAAACAGAUUUCUUUUUCUUGUUUCGGCA